AGAUGAAGUGCUAUUGAACUUGAAGUGAAAAGUAUAUUUGAAGGAACCCUCCACACAGAAUCUGCCCUCAGCAUGUGGCCCCAAGAAGUGUACUGAAAAAUUUCAGGUGGAACCCGGCCUGACGAGACUCGUGUUUCUCCAAAGUGCAGUGGACAGGAGACGCCUUGACAGGAGCCAAGAUGCGCCUGCCAUGGGGGCUGCUGGUCCUGCAGCCCUUCAUGAUGUGCCUCACAGAUGACCCCACUCUUCGUGGCCCUGUGUUUCUCCGAGAGCCCAGCCCCAUCAUGUUCCCAGUGGACUCAGAGGAAAAAAAGGUGAAGCUCAGCUGCGAGGUGAAGGGAAACCCCAAGCCUCAUAUCAGGUGGAAGUUAAAUGGGACAGAUGUUGACAUUGGCAUGGAUUUCCGCUACAGCAUUGUUGAAGGCAACUUAUUGAUCAAUAAUCCCAAUAAAACCCAAGAUACUGGAACAUACCAGUGCAUAGCAACAAACUCGUUUGGAACGAUUGUUAGCAGAGAAGCAAAUCUUCAGUUUGCGUAUCUCGAAAACUUUAAGACGAGAACAAGAAGCACCGUGUCAGUGCGGCAGGGCCAGGGGAUGGUGCUGCUGUGUGGGCCACCACCCCACUCAGGAGAGCUGAGCUAUGCCUGGAUCUUCAAUGAGUACCCUUCCACCCAGGACAGCCGCCGCUUCGUCUCUCAGGAGACCGGGAAUCUGUACAUCGCCAAGGUGGAGAAGUCUGACGUCGGCAAUUACACCUGUGUGGUCACAAACACCGUGACAAACCACAAGGUCCUGGGGCCACCUACACCACUCAGGCUGAGAAACGAUGGCGCAAUGGGUGAAUACGAGCCGAAGAUUGAAGUGCAGUUCCCGGACACAGUGCCUACUGCCCGAGGGAGCAGUGCCCGGCUGGAGUGCUUUGCCCUGGGCAACCCAGUGCCAUCUAUCAGCUGGAGAAGGGCUGAUGGGAAACCCAUAGCCAAGAAAGCCAGAAGACACAAGUCGAAUGGGAUUCUGGAGAUCCCCAACUUUCAGCAGGAGGAUGCUGGCUUAUAUGAAUGUGUGGCUGAAAAUUCAAGAGGGAAAAACAUAGCAAGGGGCCAAUUGACAUUUUAUGCCCAACCAAAUUGGACACAGAAGAUUCAUGACCUGCAGGUGGCCAUGGAGGAGAGUGUGUUCUGGGAGUGCAGGGCUAGUGGUAGACCCCGGCCGUCAUACCGCUGGCUGAAGAACGGAGAGCCUCUCUUGCCCCGGGAGAGAAUCCAGGUGGAGCAGGCCACGCUCAACAUCACCACGGUCAACCUGUCGGAUGCAGGCAUGUACCAGUGUGUGGCUGAGAACAAGCAUGGCGUCAUCUUCUCCAGUGCAGAGCUGAGCGUUCUUGCUGCUGGACCGGACUUUUCAAGAACCCUCUUAAAAAGGGUCACUCUGGCCAAAGUGGGAGGCGAGGUGGUCAUCGAGUGCAAACCCAAGGCUUCUCCCAAGCCAGUCUACACCUGGAGGAAAGGAAGGGACAGGCUGAGGGAAAGUGAAAGAAUUACCGUUUCUGAAGAUGGAAGCCUCAGAAUCAGCAAUGUGACUAAAUCAGAUGCGGGGAGUUAUACCUGUGUAGCCACUAACCAUUUUGGAACUGCUAGCAGUACUGGAAACUUGGUAGUAAAAGACCCAACACGGGUGAUGGUACCACCGUCCAGCAUGGAUGUGACAGUGGGAGAGAGCAUUGUGCUGCCCUGCCAGGUGACCCAUGACCACUCCUUGGACAUCGUGUUCACUUGGUUCUUCAACGGCCACCUGAUAGACUUUGACAGAGAUGGGGACCACUUCGAAAGAGUUGGAGGGCAGGAUUCAGCUGGUGACUUGAUGAUCCGCAACAUCCAGCUGAAGCAUGCUGGGAAGUAUGUCUGCAACGUGCAGACCAGCGUGGACCAGCUGUCUGCAACUGCCACCCUCAUCGUGAGAGGUCCUCCAGGUCCCCCUGAGGCUGUGACCAUCGAUGAAAUCACAGACACCACAGCACAGUUAUCCUGGAGACCCGGGCCUGACAACCACAGCCCAGUCACCUUGUACGUCAUCCAGGCCAGAACACCUUUCUCUGUGGGCUGGCAGGCUGCCAGCACAGUACCAGAACUCAUUGAUGGCAGGACCUUCACAGCCACUGUAGUGGGUUUGAACCCCUGGGUAGAGUACGAGUUCCGCACGGUGGCUGCCAACGCAAUUGGCAUCGGGGAGCCCAGCCAGCCCUCAGAGAGGCGGAGGACAGAGGAAGCUCUCCCUGAAGUUACUCCUGCCAAUGUCAGUGGAGGUGGAGGCAGCAAGUCAGAACUGAUCAUCACGUGGGAGACAGUGCCUGAGGAACUUCAGAAUGGCCGUGGCUUUGGCUAUGUGGUAGCCUUCCGGCCCUAUGGGAAGACAGUAUGGAUGCUGACGGUGCUGGCCUCAGCCGAUGCAUCCAGAUACGUGUUCCGGAAUGAGAGUGUACGGCCCUUCUCCCCGUUCGAGGUCAAGGUGGGCGUCUUCAACAACAAGGGAGAAGGCCCCUUCAGCCCUGCCACCGUGGUCUACUCGGCUGAGGAAGAGCCCACUCGGCCACCAGCCAGCAUCUUUGCCAGGAGUCUGUCUGCCACUGAUAUUGAGGUUUUCUGGGCCUCCCCUCAGGAAAAGAAUCGAGGUCGGAUUCAGGGAUAUGAGGUUAAAUACUGGAGACAUGAUGACAAGGAAGAAAAUGCUAGAAAAAUACGAACAGUUGGAAACCAAACAUCAACAAGAAUCAGCAACUUGAGAGGCAGUGUCCUGUACCAUCUUGCUGUGAAGGCUUAUAACUCAGCAGGGACAGGCCCACCCAGUGCAACAGCCAAUGUUACUACCAGGAAACCACCCCCCAGCCAGCCCCCUGGGAACAUCAUCUGGAAUUCCUCGGACUCCAAAAUCAUCCUUAAUUGGGAUCAAGUAAAGGCCCGGGACAAUGAGUCUGAGGUGAAAGGGUACAAGGUUCUAUAUCGAUGGGACAGACAGAGCAGUAUGUCGGUCAUCGAGACAAACCAGACGUCGGUGGAGCUGUCACUGCCCCUGGAUGAGGAUUACAUCAUUGAGAUCCGGCCCAUCAGUGAUGGGGGAGAUGGAAGCAGCAGUGAGCAGAUCCGCAUCCCAAAAAUCUCCAAUGCCUAUGCCAGAGGGGCCGGCCCAUCCACCUCCAAUGCUUGCACACUGUCGGCCAUCAGCACCAUCAUGAUCUCCCUCACAGCCAGGUCCAGCUUAUGACAAAAGCCUCCCUCGGGACUUUCUAUGGCCCAGGCAACACUUAGUGGUUUGAAGACACCCAGUACGAAGUAAUAUUGUUCGAGUACAUCUUAUUACUGGAAAAAAAAAAAAGGUUUUGCUUCUUUAGGAAUGGCGUUAUCCAGUACUUCCUCAAAGCAAAUCUAGCUUUGUCCGAAGUUUCUUAGGAAACUCUGCAAUGCACUGAAGGCAUCUGUAAUAUGAUGUUACCAAAGCAGUUUACAUAUGUCCUUAUAUGCAUAUUUUUAUUAUAGAUUUAGUGUUUUAUAGAAUUUUUUAAAGUUAACAUGAAAUGUAGAUAUUAAUUUUUCCUCUGCUGUACAAAUGCUAUGACUGACAGCAUAAUCAUAUGGUUAUUAUUUGAAGCUAUUCCCUUCAAAUGCAGAGUUUGGGCUCAACUUGGUCAAUAUGUUGCACAUGCACAGGUCAGGAUUUGAGGCAGGAAGAUUGAAGGACGCUGGGGUCUGUAGAAUAGAGGACACUCCAGGUGGCCUUAGGGACAGCUGGGGCAGCAGCAUUCUGGCCAUUCUGCAUGUGCCCACCACAUGUGGCUUUUGUGCCUCAGCCUCAUUCCAGUUUGGUUCAGGAUUGGCUGCAAACACAGAGGCCAUGCUGAGAGUGACCCUGUGCAAAGACCAUGCCCUAAUUACAUGCCCCACUGUAAGGCCCCUUCUCCUCUUUGUGUGAGCAUCCUUUAGCCAAGAAAUCUGAAGUGACACACCCUGAAGUAACAUAGGCCAGAAGUUACUAUAGUCAACCAGGUCUUUCAGAGGACCAAGGACAAAUUUUACUAUCUUUCAAUGUAUCUGUUUUGAAUGUACAUUUUACAAAAACAGUACUUCUAUGUGAAUAGACUCAUAAUUUCUUUACAAAACUUGUUAUAUACAACAUGUGUUUCUUGAAUAAUAGAGCCCUCCUUUUGAAUGAAACCACAUAUGAUCUUGGGCGGAUUUCUCCUAUUCCAACAAAGAGUUGCAGCUAAGGAGGUUGUUGGUUUUAUUUUCCCAUGGGGAAAAAAAAAAGAAACAGACCCUUAGUACAGUUGUCUGAUGUCUUGACAAUUCCGCCAUUUUUGCAAUAGAUAGCCUACUUCCUUUUUAAGCUAUACCUUCUAAGUCUUAAAAAAAAAAGUCACACGUUGGAAAAUGACAAUAUCAACAAACCCGUAUUCUUAUGGACAGAACUAUUUGUUAUAAGGGGAGGUUUUGUAAGCUGACACUCUGUGGAUUGGUGCAUAUCAAAGCAAUGAUGUUUUCUAUAAAAAUUUUCACUUGUGAACAUGCUGCCACCUUUUCUUCUUUCUCAAAGAGCUCAAAUUUGCCUGUAAUUUGUCAUUUUUGCUUACAAAUAAUGUAAUUUAGGUCUAUUUAUCCAAUAAAGUCAUAAUAAGGAUUCCACUUGUGUAAAAAUGAGAGUGGUAUUCGGGGGAAAAUAUAUUGUCAGUAUUUCAAGCUGUGUUCCUUUCUUAGUUUGAUAUGAUUACUUCAAUGUUGAAAUAAAACUGAAAAUCACAUGCAUACCAAAAAAAAUCAGCAAAACAAUAAAAGGAAUUAAAAAAAAACCCAGCUAGCCCCUCUUCAGUGUAAAUCAUAUUUACCAGUGAUCUAGAAAAUGUAAUCCUUUUUUAAAGGUAUUGUUAAUAAAUAUUCUGUCAUUUGUAAA